GCCAUUGGAUUCACUGGCUUCAUGGCACUGGAACACUUCAACUUCGUGACCCUUCAGGAGUUCAUGUUUCUCUGGGGCUUCAUUUUCAUCGUGGUGACGUUGCUGGUUGGCCUUCUGAAAUCUGAGGGUCAAAUUCCUCCUGAAGAUGAACCCGAAAGCAUCUCAUCUGCCUAUGGGCACAUGUUCCAAAUCCUGCGACUGCAUCCCAUCCGUCUCCUGCUACUUCUCUUGGCCACCUGGAAGUUUCCCUUUGCCAUUGCCGAUGGCGUGGCCCCUCUGAAGUUGCAGGAGUUUGGUGUCAAGAAGGAACACAUGGCCUACAUGGCUUCAGGCAUGAUGCCCGUUUGCAUUCUCUUGCCUGCCAUCGUUUCUCGCUGGACGAACAAUGCCACACCAUGGAAUCUGGCGAUGCAAGCUUAUCCCUUGCGAGUUUUGCUGGUACUCGUCUCUGCUGUGCUCGUAAGUUGUACUCCUGCAUCUCUUCGCAGCGGGACUGAGAUUCCCUGGAUGUUCUACUCUGUGGUGGUAGUUGUGUACUUCCUUGCCACUGUGACGAGCCAGUGUAUGUUCGUCUCCACCAUGGCUUUUUUCGCCCGGAUCAGCGAUCCGGGAAUGGGAGGGACCUACAUGACCUUGGUGAACACCUUGUCCAAUCUGGGAGGCAUGUGGCCCGGCACGGUGGUGCUGAAGGUCAUGGAGGGCAUCAGCUGUCAGCAGGAGAGCUGUUUGGUGAAGAUCGAUGGCUUCUACGUCAUGUCAGGUCUCAGCUUCGUCUAUGGAGUUCUCUGGUAUUUGCUGGCUGGAAGCCAUGCACGCCGUGUGCAGACCAUCAAACUCAGCGACUGGAGACUGUAAAA